AUUUCAUAUUACUGAUAAGUGCCAUUUUUAGAACAAUGAGCAAAUCGAUUUGCAAAUCAAGCAUGCGCGCAGCUGUAGUCCGACGAUUCGGAGCACCUGAUGUCAUAGAAGCCGUCGAGAGUGAUAUGCCCAGGCUUGAAAAAAACCAGGUUCUCGUUCGGAAUUACGCUGCCGGUGUCAAUCCAGUUGACACAUAUAUUCGUGCUGGUCAGUAUGGAAAACUACCAAAUCUUCCAUAUGUACCAGGAAAAGAUGGAGCCGGAUUCGUCGAACUUGUGGGAGAAAGCGUUAAAAAUGUGAAAGUCGGCGAUCGAGUCUGGUAUGGAUCAGAAGCGGACAGUACAGCAGAGUAUGUUGCGGUGAAUCGACCAUUCGAGUUGCCGGAAGGAGUUUCGUUUGAGGAAGGAGCUUCUCUCGGAGUGCCUUAUCUUACCGCUUAUCGUGCAUUGUUUCAUCUUGCUGGUGCAAAGACUGGCGACGUUAUACUUGUACACGGAGCAUCUGGUGGAGUGGGAAGUGCACUGAUGCAGCUGGCUGCCUGGAGGAACAUUGAAGCUGUUGGCACUGCUGGAUCUGCUGAUGGGAUCCGGUUCGUGAAGAGUCUUGGUGCACGGAAUGUCUAUAAUCAUUCGGAUAAGCAAUAUGUGUCGAAAAUGAAAAAUGAUUAUCCAGGAGGCUUCAACCACAUUUUCGAAAUGGCUGCUCACACAAAUCUGAACACGGACCUCGGAUUGCUGGCUCCACGUGGUAGAGUUGCAGUAAUUGGAAAUCGCGCCGAGACCACGAUCAACGCAAGACAACUUAUGGUUACAGAAGGAGCUGUUUACGGUGUAGCAUUGGGAAUGUCUUCCGAGGCUGAGCUCUUGGACUUUGGCAUCAACAUUGUCUCAUUCUUGAAGGAAACCGAGUUUCGUCCACUUAUAAACAAAUUGUAUCGUCUCGAGCAAUUAGGACUGGCUCAUGAGGAAAUUAUGAACAACAAGGGAGCGAAAGGAAAUCUUGUAGUGCAAAUCGAACAUUAAUUCAUUAUUUUAACACGCCAUUUAAAGGAAUGUAAAUGAGAAUAAACUGUACUUUUUAUGAAGAUAUGAAAAAAAUAAAUUAAUCUAGAUUUC